GAUAAUUAAUCUAAUAAUUACUCAUUUCUCUAUCCAAAACCACCCCCACAUUUUAGGCUAAUUAAAUUAAGCAGCUCCUUGUUUUCCAACACCGGUUUCGGUUUUCCCAAAACCGCUUUCCUCACGCCUUACAAUACCAGCUUCCUCCAAAACCAAAACACAACCCUCACUUUCGUUUCGUUAGUCUUCCUCACUCCAAGCUCCAAUUAAGAGGAGGAGAAAAUGGGGAGAGGGAAGAUUGUGAUUCGUAGGAUCGAUAAUUCGACGAAUAGGCAAGUGACUUUCUCGAAGAGAAGGAAUGGAUUGCUUAAGAAAGCAAAAGAGUUAUCGAUCCUUUGCGAUGCGGAGAUUGGGUUGAUUAUCUUCUCCAGCACCGGAAAGCUCCAUGAUUUUUCAAGCACCAGCAUGAAAUCUGUAAUCGGCCGAUACAACAAAGUCAAGGAGGAGAAUUACAAUCUGAUGAAUCCUACUUCAGAGAUAAAGGUAUGGCAAAGGGAAGCAGAAAACUUGAGGCAACAACUACAGUAUUUGCAAGAAAGCCAUAGGAAGCUUUUGGGAGAGGAACUUGCUGGAAUGAACAUCAGAGACCUCCAAAAUCAUGAAAUUCAUUUCCUAAAUAUACACUGCAAGGUGUGGAUGCUUUUCAUGACAUGAAGUAUAUGAGGUCCUUUCUUCUAACUUGUGUCACUUAGACGAGUGUUAGGUGGUAUCAACCUCAUUCCCAAAUCAGC